AUGGCGGAGCCCACCGUGUGCUCCUUCCUCACCAAAGUGCUGUGCGCCCACGGCGGCCGCAUGUUCCUGCAGGACCUGCGCGGCCACGUGGAGCUCUCCGAGGCCCGGCUGCGGGACGUGCUGCGCCAGGCCGGGCCCGACCGCUUCCUGCUGCAGGAGGUGGAGGUGCGCGAGGGCCCGUGGGACGCCGAGGCCGAGGUGGCGGCCGGCGCGGGCGGCGGCGGCGGCCCGGCGGCCUGGCGGGUGGUGGCCGUGUCCUCCGCGCGCCUCUGCGCCCGCUACCAGCGCGGCGAGUGCCAGGGCUGCGACCAGCUGCACCUCUGCCGCCGCCACAUGCAGGGAAAGUGCCCGAACCGCGACUGCUGGUCCACCUGCACCCUUUCUCAUGAUAUCCACACGCCUGUCAACAUCCAGGUUCUGAAAAAACAGGGACUGUUUGGUCUCAACGAGGCCCAGCUUCGGGUCCUGCUUUUACAGAAUGACCCCUGCCUUCUACCAGAGGUCUGUUUGCUCUACAACAAAGGUGAAGCCCUCUAUGGUUACUGCAACCUCAAGGAUAAAUGCACCAAGUUGCACGUGUGCAAGUCCUUCGUCAGGGGAGAGUGCAGGCUGCAGAAAUGCAAGCGGUCCCAUCAACUCAUUCAUGCUACAUCCCUGGAGCUGCUGCAGGACCAAGAACUGGAGAUCUCAAGUGUCGUUAAUUUUCAGAUCAUUUCCACCUACAAGCACAUGAAGCUGCACAAGAUGCUAGAAAAUAAAGAUAAUUCAGCUUCUCCUGCUGAGCAUUCCCAGGACCUUGAGAAACGAGGAGGACACGUAGCUGGGGCUGCAGAGGCUCGACCUCUGGUCUCUGGCCCUGCUGCCUCAGCCAAGAAGCCACGUGCAGGCAAACCUUAA